GGUAGGUUGGGGUCUCUAGCUGCUUACCUAACCCAAUCUUAGUCAUCCGAAGAACUCCAACAACGCGCACCCCUGACACGUCUCCUCAAGCACCACGAUACCAUCACAGUUCCUCCCCCGCGCUCAUUCCAACACCACGCUCUUUAACACCGCCAAGAUGACUCGCGCUCAGCAGACCAUUUCUCUCGCCCUCUUGGUUUCCUCCCUCUACCUUGCGCUCUUCCUUGAGCUCAUCCCUCUUCCUCCUCUGAUCCAGGAGCAGAUCGUCCCUGUUCUCCCCUUCUGGGCUCUGGUCUCCUUCGGCGCAUACCUCCUCUUCCGUCUCGGCUUCGGCAUCCUCACCUUCAACGACGUCCCCAACGCACACAAGGAGCUCACGGCGGAGAUUGAGCAGGCCAAGGUUGAGCUCCGACAGCUCGGCGUCACUGUCGACUAAAUUGGUGAAAAGCACCUACACACACGAUGAUCUAAACGGCUAUAGAAGGGUUAGGGGGGAUUGGUAGAUGAGUUUACAAAACUUUAAUUACAAUAAUCCGGUAUCUUGUUCUUGCGACCUGCGCAGAGGAAUUCUACACA